CAGUGCCCACUUUCAAAAGCUAACCCUAUUUCUGUUAUUGUAAACUUGUAAUUUUGUUUGUUUGUUUGUUUAUGUAUUUUGAGCACAUUGAGUCCAUGCUCAUAAUGUGAAAUGUGCUUUAUAAAUAAAUUUGCCUUGCCUUACCAUAUGAUAAAAUCCAUCAUUCCCCCUUGAUUUUCUUUUUUACAACUCGAGUACUGGUUAUAACACAUUUUUAAGUUAAAAAGAAACACCCAUGUAACCUAAAAACAAAUGCUAAUAGUAGUUUUUUGUGGUACUUUUAUGAGAUAAAUAUUGAGCAAACGUGACAACUUGUCACCUUUUCAGACAAGGAACUAAAUGUAAGCGCCACCCGGAAGAAUUUAAGGAACGGACAAGAAUGGGCUAAGGAGAAAUGCUUGUUUUGAUAUUUUUAUUGACGUAAAUAUUGAAUAAUAAUUAUCAUAAUACGUUCUACCCCCGUGCUAUCUCGGUAUAUAACUAUCAUAAAUUAAUCACAACCUGUAGGACGUUUUUUAAAGGGCCAUGGAACUAACAAAUUAUGACAAUUGUGGUUCUGAUUUUAAACAAAGUGAAAAAGUGGAAUCUGAAGAUGAAAAGUCUCCUUGUGUCUCCGGACAAACCAAACCCCCGAUGGCGAGAGUUUUGGCCCAGGAAGAACUGGAUAAACUGAGCAGUGAGCAGAUUCUGGUGUCCGACUUCAAACAGACGAAGUUGGAGAAAGAAGCUCAGAAAAACUGGGACUUGUUUUACAAAAGAAACACGACAAACUUCUUCAAGGACCGACACUGGACGACCAGAGAGUUCGAGGAGCUGAAAGCGUGUCGGCAGUUUGAGUCCCAGCAGCUGGUGCUGCUGGAGGCGGGUUGUGGAGUCGGGAACUGCAUCUUCCCUCUUCUUCAGGAUGAUCUCAACAUCUUUGUUUAUGCCUGCGACUUCUCCCCUCGAGCUGUUGAAUUUGUCAAGCUAAACCCUCUGUACAGCCCUGAGCGCUGCUCUGCCUUCCAGUGCGAUCUAACCAAAGACGACCUGAGGGAAAACGUGCCGGAGGACAGUGUGGACGUCGUCACUCUCAUCUUCGUCCUCUCUGCUGUCCAUCCUGACAGGAUGAAGCUGGUGCUGCAGAGCAUCAGGAGGGUGCUGAAGCCUGGCGGCGUCGUCCUGUUCAGGGACUACGGGCUGAAUGACCACGCCAUGCUGCGCUUUAAGUCUGGCAGCAAACUGGGGCAGAACUUCUACGUCCGACAGGACGGAACCAGGUCCUACUUCUUCUCUAAAGAGUUCCUGGCUCAGCUGUUUGACGAGACGGGCUACCAGUCGGUGGCUAACGACUACGUCUUGAGAGAGACGGUCAACAAGAAGGAAGGGCUUUGUGUUCCCAGAGUGUUUCUGCAGAGCAAGUUCACCAAGCUUUGACAGCAACACAUGUCCUGAUGUCUUAGUUUUCAUCUUGGGGACCGUAUUUAUCACAGAAGACUAGAUAUUGGAUGAAAGAAACAACCAAGAUCUAUACUCUCAGAAAUGUGGAGAGUUAAAACAGUUCUGGACUAGUGGCCUGGUUGCCCCUGGCAAUAAUCAAUAUGUGAAAUAUUAUAAAUAACUCUCGAAAGACACCGUUUUGUUCUGCUGAGGCUUGACGUGGAUAAUGAACAGUACACAGAUCGCCGGGUUCCUUUUUGUCAAGUGUUAAAAACCUGCUCAUGUCAUGGUGAGAGACUGUAUUCUGUUAACAAACUAAGUAUUUUUCUAUCGUAUUUUUAUUUUUUUUUAAUAUUCAGAAGUUUCUCUGUUCAUCAUUAUCCUGAUAUCAAUUUCAGUUGAGGAUUUAAUGAUUUGUAGUACAUUUUUAGGCCAAUUUUAAUAUAUUACACCAUGUUUGUCCGUUAAGAGUUGUGCUCUAAGGUCCUAAUGGUCCGUUAAGAGGCUUGAAGAGUUGAGAGGAUGCGCUGCAAAAUAAAAAGUGUGGUAUUUCCCUUCAGACCGUCUGCCUUAAACAGAACACAGCAGUCGCUGCAGUUUCCUGCUUUGUGGUUUGACCCCUUACUUACACCAACACCAACGAGAGCCAACACCUGACAAUGCUGACGUGGUCAUCUGCAAGCAAAGACCAGUUCACUACACAAGAUUCUGUUUUCUCUAUCUCUAUUGGGUUUUAAAUGGGAAAUGACUUAUUGUGAUUAAACACAAUCUCAUAGUGAAGCUGUAUGUUUUUAAUCAGGGUAUUAUUUAGGUUUGUUCCUGCUGCUCGUACUGACAGAAGGGUCUGAACGCAGCAGACGUUGGGGGUUUUUCUGCCUUCAGGAAACAUUGAGAGCAGAGAAAAGCUGCAGCUCUGAUGGUAUUUUUAGCCACGGUGCCUUUUUAAAACCACCUUGUAAAAAUUUCGUCUCAGAUCACGAACAAAGGCAGCGCCACAAAGGUUUUGUUUGUUCCAAUGAAUCUGUAUUGCUCACGUUCUUCACUGGCAGAUGCCUCUGGUUUCUUAGUUUUUUCUUUUAGAAAUGUGUACAAGACUCGAUUCCUCAAAGCUGUAUUCAUCGUUUACCUGCCUUGAUAAAUGUACUUCCAAACUUCCUUACAACAAUUAAAAUGUCAGCACAUAUUUGAGCAGCACUGCGUUUAUCCUGAGUGAAUUUCUGGCUUUGACAAUCAAUUGAUAAAAUUCA